AAUCAAGUCGAUUGUUUCACCUUCAUUUGCAUGCAUUUGCAUUGAAUACGGCUUAUGGAUAAUACGAAGUUUCAACUUUGCCUGACAAAGUAUUUUCUUUCUUUAUUAUCGAGAGAGUCUCUGUCAUGUGUCCUUUGAUGCACGUUCGGUGGAGGUAAAAUUUCUUGUUAUAUUAAUUGGAGCCUAUUCGACUUUGCGGGCGCCAAGCAAGGGACUGCAUCAAAAGAAAAAGAAAAAAAAAACAGGAUACGAUAACAAACUUCGCAACACGCAUGGCUCUUGUUUUACGGGCGUGGGCUAAGGAAUGCAGAAAAAAAAAAAAAAAAAAAAAACAGAUCAGAAAAACCACGCUACGCACGAUCUAGACUUGUUUCACGGGCUUGCGCCAAGCAAAGAAGCAGGCUAGGUUUUCCAGAUUGUGAAAUACAGUAAAUGUUGGAAAAUUCCCGACCUGAAAAUUUUUGAACUCUGAAGAUUCGCGGUCAUGUCUUGGACCCCGAGGUUUUUUUGACCCCCCCAAAAUACUACUAAUUUACCAAUAUAUAUAUACAAAAUAACUACAAAAUACAUACGGACAUUCGCUGGCGGUUUAAAUCGCAGAUUUAACCCUUGGACCCAAAGACCCGUGAAUUUUCCUACAUUUACUAUAAACUGUAGACAAUACAAGUCACGGUUCACGUCAAAAACAUUAAGGAUUAUGUUUUAUACUACUCAUCUAACUAAGAUCAAAUGGAAAAACUAGGCGGCGUGAUCUCUUACAGCAUGUAUUGUCCCGUAGUGUUGGUCAAGCUGACCUGUCACGGUCUCGCUCUUUGUUCCUCAGCAGGUUCAUCGCGUAUCUACUGAACCGUCUCAGCUACCCGAUGGAUUCAUGUUUACAAAUUUCAAAUACACAGGGGAAACCCUCAGUUAUUACCUGAAACUUCCCAUAAGGAAGGUCGAGUGUUUUCUGCUGUAGAAUAGCACGUGCGAGAGGUAUAAAAAAAGAGAGACAAUCAUCAGUUAGUUGCUGCUGGUUUUUCUGUGUUGAUAAUUCUAAUGGUGGCCACAAGUUCUCUAGUGAGAAAACUGUGCUUGCGUGUCAAUAGAUUAAAUGAACCGUGCCGGCUUUUUUCGUCCGCUACACUUGAAUCGUAUUCUAGCAGGUGUCAAACAUAAGCAAAGUACCAACUGUGCAAGCACAUCCUACACUGGGAGCCUAGUAGGAUCUCUUUCGCUUGUCAAGGUAUGCUAUUCCGUGGGCUUGGAUUGAGGCAACAUUUACCUUCAUGUAGGGGAAGUACAGGCUUUAAAAAAAAUCAGACGUGCUAGCAACAUGCAGUUAUUCUUUGCUUUGCUCGCAGUCCUGCUAGGAAACACAGCAGGGGGGCCUCUCGCUCGGGAUCGGCGCCAACUAUACGGAUACACCAGCUCGUACAACCCCUGUCCCAAUGGAGGCAACGCCUACAACGGCUGUCAAGAGACAGACUGCCAGAAGCGUGCGCGCAUCACCGAGCCGUCAUGGCAGAAGCCGAUCUGUAAUCCUGACGGCUCGUAUCGCGAGUAUCAAUGCGACCCCUACUCCAGGUCAAAGUGCUGGUGUGUUUACCCCAAUGGGGUCAUGAUACCCGGCUCUUCUCUUGAGAUGUACGACUCCAAUGUGGAAUUCAGCAAGCUGAACUGCGCCCUUAAGCGAGCCACAGCUCCUCAACCACCCCCUCCCAUCAAGAUCCCCUUCCAGGAUCCCAGCAUCGGCUGGGAUGCGGCGUACAGAGAAUACACUCGAGCACUCACUCGUGCGCGGAACCCCGACUCCUAUGCCUCGUCGUACAGCCCCCCCUCCUACGGGUCCUACCAUGGCACGCCUUACAGCUCACCCUACACCCCAUCACAAUCAUUUGGGUCCAGCUAUGGCUACCCCAUGGCACAGACAGGGUACAUGUCCGCCCCCGCCGUGCCACCAGGCUACCCCCCACCAAUGGCGCCACAGCCCUUUACUCAAGAUAUCUUCUCUCCCAUGGAACUUGCUGCCGCAGGAUGCCCUAGUCCUUGCCCGCCACCAUGUGCUUGUAUGACCGCCAUGUACCGCGGAGAUCUUCCACUGACACCUGUGUCGAGCGACAGGGAGGCGGACAAGGAGCAGGACAACGAGAAGGACAAUCAAGCGGAUAAAGAGGUGGAGUCCAGUGGCGAGGAGGAGGACGAAGAGCCAGACUUCAGCGGGGCGAAGGACGAAGACAAGCUAGAGGAACCAAAAGAUGAUCCAAGCUCAGGCGAGAAGAUUCAGCCAGAAUAUACCAAAGAUGAGUCUGACAACAUGAAAGACGAUGACAACGACGACGACGAAGACGAUAAUACAGAGGAAGGCAAGAACGACGAGAAGCCAACAGAACAGAAAUCGGGCAAUGAAAAGCCCGUCAAGAAAUCAUCGGACGAGGAGAAGCCAACAGAACAGAAAUCUGAUGAUGAAAGACCCGUAGAAGAACCAGCGAAGGAUGAAAAACCUCAAGAAAAAGCAUCCGAUAAUAAGAAACUUUUGGUGCACAAGCCUGAUGACAAAACACCGGUGAAGGAGAUGACCGUCGAGACAACGCAUAAUGAAAAACAGAAGGAUGACAAGAAAAUAGAAACAGGAAAGACGGAAGAAAAAACUUCGGGUGAAGCUAAAAACUCGGACACGCCCAAAAAGGCCACCUCAGGUAUCACCCAUAGCAGGUAGAAUACGUAUAAAAGUUUCAAAUGGUGUGCGGUGGGAGAGUGUCAGACGCGACUAACAGGUGAUGAGCUGACAGGGUGUGGUUCAUUUGGUACGUAUUGAGGGGGGGGGCGUUACAGGGGUUGGCGUUAAAGAGAGGGGAGGGUUAGUCAAAUGGUGAAAUGCCUACGCGGAGGGAAGACAGAGAGGGCAAGUGAAAAGAAUGCCUGCUUAAGCUUUUAAGCUUAAAAGUAGUUUGCCUAAUUGCAGCCGUGAUUCGGCAGCAGCUUAAACACGAGCGCAAAAUUUUACUAACAACAAGCAAUAAUUAUUUUAAUAACAAUUCUUUCAAAGACGAUUGCAGAGACUAAAGUCUAGAAGACAGACAAGAAGACCGCGGAGUAAUCAGUUUCCAAACAAUUUGGCAUAGUCUGCUUUGCAGGCGCUCUUCGUCCACGCGUGGGGCGGGUUGCGUGACAGUAACAGACUAACAGCGGCUAUUAAGCAGACUAGAGGAUUGCGUGACACUAACAGCGGCUAAUAAGCAGACUAGGUACCGCACGAUACGCCGUUACUCUAUAGUGGAUAAGAUUUUUCUAUCGAGCUGGGACAAAUAGUAAUGCAAAUGCUGUCGUAAAUGCUAGUUUUAGAGCACAGCAUGCUAUAUGACCCUCCCAUCUCCGAGGGGCAAAAUACGAAAUGAACACCCCUUUUUCCCAAAAAAUGUAAGGAUGACCAAUUGCAAGGCUAUUGGAAUUUAUACAUUAAAGUUAUUUACAUAGA